AUUUAUAAGCAGCAAUUCAGUCGUGAUUUGCAGUCAGACCUAAGACCCCAGACUCAGACCAAAAAUACCAUCAAACAAACCAGGGCUGAAGGCGAUUCGUUCUUCUAAAUGGGAGAUCACACUGAAUCUGAGCCGCUUCUGAGCAACCCGGAUUACCAUGCAACGAACGCAGUGCGGUACCAUCGCACGGUGACAUUCACUGGCGAUGCCACAGCGCACCACCAUCAGAGCCAUAGUCACGUCCACGGUCACACCCAUAGCCACAGUAGCAGUGGCAAUGGCAAUGGCAGUGGACACGCUGCUGCUGGGCAAGCCGAUCUCAAUCGUGGACUGAGCAUCAACAACCACAGUCAAGACGCCCCGCUCGAUGCCGCACGCCAGCAUGCGACGUACAAGGCCAAUCCAGGCAGACAAGCAGGACCACGAGCCAGCCAGGCGCGCGGACUCGAGGCGUUCGACUCGGACGACGACGACGACGAUGAUGGCAAUACUAACUCGCCCAGAGAGUAUCACAGGAAGCGACGUGUCGUGGCGCCAUUCCAGCCAUCGCUCACUGCAGAUCUGCUUGCGGAAACGCUGGGCACGUUUGUCAUGGUGCUAUUCGCGCUUGGAUCGGUGGCGCAUCUUGUUGUCGGUACGUCGAAUCCGCUGGCGGUGCACAUUGGCAACGGGCUUGGAGUCUGCAUCGGCGUCAUGGUCUCGCAUGGCGGACACCUCAACGCCUCGGUAACACUCGCAUUGGCUGUGUUCAAGGGAUUUCCAUGGCGCAAAGUACCUCUGUUUAUUCUGGCGCAGUUCGUUGGAUCCUUUCUAGCCGCCGCUCUCGUCUACGCUAUCUACUACGAUGGAAUUGAAGAGUUUGACGGAGGGUCCCGCCACGUCACGGGCACCAAAGCAACUGCUGGCAUUUUUGCCACCUACCUCGCGCCUGGCGUUUCGAUUGGCGAAGGGUUUGCAGACCAGAUCCUCGCGACGGCUCUGCUGUUGAUGGGUCUCUUUUCCAUCACUGACAAGCAAAAUCCGUCUGUUGGCAAGCACGGACUGCCGCCGUCGGCGGGCGUGCUCGUGACUGCCAUCGGCAUCAGCUUUGGCUUCAACUGCGGCUACCCUCUCAACCCGAUGCGCGACUUUGGACCGCGCCUGUUCACGUACAUGGCUGGGUGGGGCGGCGAAGUCUUUACUGCCGGCGAUUCUUGGUCGUGGGUUCCUCUCGUCGCCCCGCCAUUGGGCGGCUUGCUGGGAAGCGCCAUGUACCAGUUAAUGAUUGAACGACCUCGACGGAGAUAGCUCCCAGCUGUGAACAUGUUAUUUCAAGAAACUUGCAUUCAUGGGUUUUACAGUGCGUUGUUCAGUAUGAAUUUUCUACAUUGGUUUAACUUUGCCCGUCCUGUGCACCCAAAUGGCCAUCCAACCCGCAUUAUCCUGACGUUUCAGUCGUUAACACACUCGUACUGAAGACCACUCGAUGCUCAACCUUUUCUCGUUGCAUCGUGGGUGUAUGACAAUGCCGGUCGCUUUUGCGUAUGUGCCCCCA